AUGGAAGACGAAAUCUCCGCUAUCGUCAUUGACAAUGGCUCUGGAAUGUGUAAAGCAGGCUUCGCAGGAGACGACGCUCCGAGAGCCGUGUUCCCAUCUCUUGUUGGACGACCUCGUCAUGCGAACAUCAUGGUUGGGAUGGGAAAUAAAGAUUCAUAUGUUGGCGAUGAAGCGCAAUCUAAGCGAGGUGUACUCAACCUCAAAUAUCCAAUCGAACACGGUAUUGUGACGAACUGGGACGACAUGGAGAAGAUCUGGCAUCAUACUUUCUACAACGAGCUGCGAGUCGCUCCCGAGGAACAUCCCGUUCUUCUCACCGAGGCACCUCUCAACCCCAAAGCCAACCGAGAGAAGAUGACCCAGAUCAUGUUUGAAACGUUCAAUACUCCGGCCUUCUACGUGCAAAUUCAGGCUGUCCUCUCGUUGUACGCUUCUGGUCGAACAACCGGUAUUGUCUUGGACUCGGGUGAUGGUGUAUCUCAUGUUGUACCCAUCUACGAAGGUUUUGCGCUCCCCCACGCCAUCCUUCGUCUGGACCUUGCCGGACGCGACCUUACCCACGCGCUGGUGAAGAACCUGACGGAGAGAGGGUACCAGUUCACCACCUCGGCUGAACGUGAGGUUGUGCGGGAUAUCAAGGAGAAGUUGUGUUAUGUUGCGGUAGACUUUGAGCAAGAGAUGGUGACGGCUACACAGUCGUCUUCUAUUGAGAAAAAUUAUGAGUUACCUGAUGGCCAGGUCAUAACGAUAGGAAAUGAACGAUUCCGUGCACCCGAGGCUUUGUUUAAACCUCACCUGAUGGGUUUGGAAGAUGCUGGUGUUCACGAGCUUCUAUACAACUCGAUCACAAAGUGUGAUCUCGAUAUCCGUCGUGAUCUCUACUCGAACAUCGUCUUAUCGGGUGGAAGUACUAUGUAUCCUGGUCUAUCAGAUCGUAUGCAGAAAGAAUUGGGUUCUUUAGCUCCCGGUGGCGUCAAGGUCAAAGUUGUUGCUCCGCCCGAAAGAAAAUAUUCGGUCUGGAUUGGAGGCUCGAUUUUGGCGUCGCUGUCGACUUUCCAGAAUAUGUGGGUGAGCAAACAAGAAUAUGACGAGUCCGGUCCUGGUAUUGUUCAUCGCAAAUGUUUUUAG